UUGUGAGCCGCUUCCCCUUAAAUGUAUGUCCACAAAUGAGCCACAGCCUUAUCAGCUGGGGUUGAGGGAAGACUGGUCUAGUUGCUGCUCCUGAAUUGGGUCUCUGAGCCAUGGCUUCUCAUAGACACUCAGGUCCCUCCAGCUAUAAGGUGGGCACCAUGGCUGAGAAGUUCGACUGCCACUACUGCAGGGACCCCUUGCAGGGGAAGAAGUACGUGCAGAAGGAUGGCCACCACUGCUGCCUGAAGUGCUUUGACAAGUUCUGCGCCAACACCUGUGUGGAAUGCCGCAAGCCCAUUGGCGCAGAUUCCAAGGAGGUGCACUACAAGAACCGCUACUGGCAUGACACUUGCUUCCGCUGUGCCAAGUGCUUUCACCCCUUGGCCAACGAGACAUUUGUGUCCAAGGACAACAAGAUCCUGUGCAACAAGUGCGCUACUCGGGAGGACUCCCCCAAGUGCAAAGGGUGCUUCAAGGCCAUUGUGGCAGGAGACCAGAACGUGGAGUACAAGGGCACUGUCUGGCACAAAGAUUGCUUCACCUGCAGCAACUGCAAGCAAGUCAUUGGAACUGGAAGCUUCUUCCCAAAAGGGGAGGACUUCUACUGUGUGACUUGCCAUGAGACCAAGUUUGCCAAGCAUUGCGUGAAGUGCAACAAGGCCAUCACAUCUGGAGGAAUCACUUACCAGGAUCAGCCCUGGCAUGCCGAGUGCUUUGUGUGUGUUACCUGCUCUAAGAAGCUGGCUGGGCAGCGUUUCACCGCUGUGGAGGACCAGUAUUACUGCGUGGAUUGCUACAAGAACUUUGUGGCCAAGAAGUGUGCUGGAUGCAAGAACCCCAUCACUGGGUUUGGUAAAGGCUCCAGUGUGGUGGCCUAUGAAGGACAAUCCUGGCACGACUACUGCUUCCACUGCAAAAAAUGCUCCAUGAAUCUGGCCAACAAGCGCUUUGUUUUUCACGAGGAGCAGGUGUAUUGCCCCGACUGUGCCAAAAAGCUGUAAAUUGACAGGGGCUUCUGUCCUGAAAAUGGAAUUUGAAUCAUGUUCUUUGUGUCCUUGCUCUCCCUGCCCUACACCAUCAAUAAGGGAAGCGUGUUCUUUCACCUCUUUAAAGUUGCAUCUUCUGUCCUUUCUCCCAUUUUGCAAUAUUAUUCAAAUAAGGGCACACAGUGAUCAUAUUAGGAUUUAGCAAAACACAACCUUGCAGCAAAGUUAAUUUCUCUAUAGCUGCAAUGAGAAAACAAAAACUUAGAUAGAUUUGACUCUUCUGCAUGUUUAUCAUAGAGCAGAAAAGUGCUAACCAUUCAGCCACUUUGUGAUGUAAGCAAGAAGCAUAAGCAUUAAAGCCCCCCCACUGAGAUACCUUUCAGGGCUCAGCUGGGACCCACAGUGCAGUCACAGGACAUGCCAGAGUUGCAGCGGCUGCUCCAACUCGCUGCUCACCCUCUUCUGUGAGCUGAAAAAGAACUUGCUGGAAUGCAUGGUUUAACUUCCCCCUCAAAACUCUGACCUUCCUUCUAUUCUUUUGUGCUUUCACGUGACUAACAUGAAUUUCCAGAAAAUUAACAUUUGAACUUAGUUGUAAUUCUCAACUGACCUCUUCCCCUUACUAACAUUUGAGUCCCUCCUGUGGCAUGUUUUCUGAGCGUUCCUGCUUUAAAUCAUGGAACAUACAGGCGAUUUGGAAAGUGUAAACAGACCUGAAAAAACAAGCCUGUUUCAGAGCAACAUCUUCACAGUGAAUAUUUUUGGAAGCCUAACAAAACUAAUUCUCCUGUCCUUUUGAUUUUUUUUUAAUUAAUGAUUUUUUGUUUUAAUUAAUAGUAAAAUAGUUUAUGGGUUUGGAAACUUGCAUGACAAUAUUGGAGCCCCCUCAGAUGUUCUUGCAGUUUUGAGAUUCAUCCUGUAGAAGUGACUGUAAAACUCUAGGGGGGUAGCUAAGCAGGCACCAGGCUGUCAUCACCGUGAAUAUGACAUUACAAAACCGUGACAAGUUGAAUCCCUUGUAACAUAGUAGCUGUCUACUGUUUGUUCAUGUGUUCAAGAGGACCACAAAGUCUCCUCUUGUGAUUCCUAGGACUUUUCCUCAAGAGCUUAGCUGGAUCUCUAGGGAAUGGGGAGGCCACUGGCCUCACGGGCGAACCUGGUUUUCCACCUCCUGCUUCCCUGAAAUGCAGGAUCACUUACUUACUGCAUUCUCCAUUACUAUAUUACAUAUAUAAUGAGACAAUAUCAGAAGUAAACAUGUAAUGACAAAACAUAUUCACAUUCUUGUAGGAGUGGUUGUAGACGCCAAUGCCUCAUUUCUGCAUUUUGUCAUUAGCUGUUAAUCAUCUAACGUUUCAGUGUAUCCUUACAGAAAUAAAACAGCAUAGAAAGAA